AUGUCUGCUCCAUACGAUCCCAACAACCAAGGCUACUACCCUCCUCAGCAGGGUCAGUAUUACCCUCCUCCCGGCCAGGGCUACCCUCCCCCACAGCCUAUGCAGUACCAGCAGGCCCCUCCACCACAAGAAGAGAAGAGCCACGGCUGUCUAUACACAUGUAUCGCUACACUCUGCUGCUGCUGGCUCUGCGGCGAGACCUGCGAGUGUUGUCUUGAGUGCUUCGACUGCUGCUGUUAA